AUGGCUGCCACUAGAUUGCCACGUAUGUCAAGACCAUUGGGUCUUGGUGCACCAUCAUCUUUCUCUUGUUCGUGUAAUUCCUCACUAUCAUCGUCGACUAUGAAUAUGAUGAGGUUAAACAAGGUGGGGUUUAAUGGCGAGAACACGAUUACUGAGAAUGGAGAGACGAAAGCUAUGGCGGCGUUGAAGGCAUCGGUGGCUGAUUCGGACAGGGUGGUCACCUCAAAACCGCAGACUGAAGGAGGAGUUGAUCUGACUUCAGUAUUGGAAAACGUUAAAGCUGUUGUGAGGAAGAGCUUCAAGGUACUGGUUACCAAAGGAAGGCCAUGGAAAUUACGUGCUCAGUUGCUCAUUGAAAAGGUUGUCACAGUGGUCAUUAGUUCUUUCUUUAGUACUUUUGGGAUUUUUAUUGUUGAUCAUCUGCCUGUCAAGACAGAGUGCUGA